UUACUCAUGGUGCUAGUAAUCGAAGUCUUGAAGAUAGAUCGUUUGUUAAAUGGCUAAUCUGAAAUUGCCUCUGAUUUUGUAGUGAAUGAUCCAUUUGUGAUGAACUCAUGGGCCAAAACAUUCCUAGAGAACAAGCAUGUUAAGUUCCUUGCUGAUGGUGCAGCCAAAUACACCAAUGCCCUUGGUCUUCAGGUUGACCUCACUGACAAGGGUCACGGCAUCCGCUCAAAGAGGUUUGCUCUGAUGGUGGAAGACCUCAAGGUGAAGGUUGCGCAUGUUGAAAGCGGAGGAGAGUUCACCAUCUCCAGUGCUGAAGAGAUCAUCCAGGCCCUUUAAAACCCUUGAAUCCUCUUGCUGGCUGUUUUACUGUCUUUAAUGUGUGGUGUGAGACUCUUUUGAUGCAAGAAUAUAUACUAGAAACAUUUUCCUUUUCAUAGAUGUAAUUGUGUUGUGUGCUCAAGGAAGGGCCAUGAUAUGGUGCAUAUUAUGGAAAUAAAUAAGAUUUCUUGUUUCAAAUGUUGU